CCCAUCUCAGUCCGCGUGGUCAUCACCAGCCUGCCGUCCGGCGUCCGCAAUCAGCCCACGCAACCCCAAACCCAAAACCCUACCGCGCCGAACAUGGCCUCGCCGCCGCCGUCUGCGCCGCUCCCCGCCUCCGCGGCCGCCGCCGCUGCGGCGGGCAACGGCCGCGCCACCUCCGCCUCGCCGGUGGACGCGCUCUUCCUCCAGAACCUCAUGAGCCGCGUCCAGCUCCGCCCGCCCUUCCUCGACACCAACUCCUUCCUCACCCAGGACCUCGACGACUUCCUCCUCAACGAAUUCGCCGCGCUCUCCGCCGCCGCCGGGGCGUCCGAUGACGACGACGAUGAGGACGAUGAGGACGACGGGCUUGCCGGCGGGGAGGCGAGGCGGCGGCGGAUGCUGGCCAGGGAGGAGGCGAAGCUGGAGAAGGAGAUCGUGCGGAUGGUCCUGGCCGGGGAGGCCGAGGAGAAGCUCAAGCCCAACUCGGGCCAGUCCGUGGCCGUGGGCGACCACCACCUCUGCGUCGGCUUCCAUGACGAGGCCGGCGGGGAGUACCGCGUCUGGGAGUGGCACGGCCACGUCAUGCUCUUCGACGACGAGGACGGGUACUCCGCAGAGUACAUCUACGGCAACCACUUCGAACCGCUCGCCGCUGCCACGGCCAGGGCCAAGAAGAGGGAGAAGGAGAAGAGGGAGAAGGACCUGAGCAUGGGGCUUCGGGAUUUGGUCGUGGGCACCGACGACGGUGGCAAUGGCAAUCGAUCUAAGGAAAACGGCAGCAGUGGAGGGCCCAGGGUAGUGCGCAGGAAUGUUGUCAAUUCCCCUGCAGCGCCUGCUAGGUAAUGCCUCUCUGGCGCUACCUUCUGUCAAUCUGAGUGGCUUGUUGAGAGCAAUGCGUCAAUCCAAGUGACAGGAGCAAAUAAAGAUUUGCCGAUCUUUUUUCUCGUUAAUGGCUGUUUAAGCCGUCUCUUGUGUUCAGAUGAGAAAUCAUCUACAUUUUGCUUCUGUUAUGAUACAUACAGUUUACUGAUUGGGAUACACAUAUGCUGUUUGUUGAGUUAAAUGUAGCUCUUUUUCCUUGCUGCUCA